AUGCAAUCUUUGCCGACAGCUAUUCCUAUUGCUUUAAUGGAUGGAACUUUUCAUGUUCCAAUGCUUAAUGGUAACAAUUUUACUGACUGGAAAGAAAAUUUAUUUUUCACAUUGGGGUGUUUGGAGCUUGACUUGGCGCUUCGUAUGGAUGAACCACCCGCCCUCACGGAGAAAAGUACGCCACAAGAGAUAGCUAAACAUGAACGGUGGGAGCGAUUAAAUCACUUAAGUCUAAUGUUCAUGAUAUCUUAUGUCUUUAAGGGCAUUAGGGGUUCCAUCCCUGAAUGCACUAAGGCCAAGGCAUUCAUUAAGGCAGUUGAGGAACAAUUUAUGAGUUCCGACAAGGCCUUAGCCAGCACCCUAAUGAAGAAGCUAUCAAGCAAGUCAUUUGAUAAUUCUAGAAGUGUGCGUGAGCACAUUAUUGAAAUGAGGGACAUGGCAGCUCAACUCAAGUCCCUAGAGAUUGAUAUAUAUGAGUCAUUCUUGGUGCAUUUCAUAUUGAACUCUCUCCCCUUUGAGUAUGUUCCUUUUAAAAUAUCCUAUAACACACAUAAGGAUAAAUGGUCAUUAAAUGAACUUCUGACCAUGUGUGUUCAAGAGGAGGAGAGGUUAAAACAUGAGAAGUCAGAAGGUGUUCACAUGGCUAUUCAUGCUAAGGGGAAAGACCAAGAGAGGCAAGCAUGCCCAAAAAUUCAAGAAGGAGAACAAGGUGCCAAUCAAGAAAAUUGGCAAGAAUGA